AACAAAGAAACAGAGGAAGCAAAAAUGCAAAGAGAAACUACUAUUAGAGAAGAAGAAAUAAAAAAAAUGCAACUCAUGCAAAAAGAAAUUGAGUUGCUUAAGAAAGAGCGUGAUCUGUUUAAAAAAGAGAAUGAAUUGACAAAGAAAAUGACUCAAUUACAAUUAAACACUUCGAGUUUAAGCGAAUGUAAACAUUCAGUACAAAGAAAAGAAGUACCGCUCAUAAUAUUAAAAGAAUUUUUACCGGAAUGCGAUGGUAACAAUUUUAAUGUUUGGGUUACGCAACUUGAAGCGUUAGAAAAAGCUUACGAAUUAGAAGACAAUGUAGUUCGAACACUUAUUAUAACGAAAGCAAAAGGUAGAGUACAAAAUUGGCUCCACUCUACACCAAAUGUUCUUACACAAAGCAGUAAAAUAUUGAUCGAACAAAUGAUUUCCGUAUUUGGCUCAAAAGAGAGUAUUGUUCAAUUGCGUCGCAAAUUUGAAACACGUUUGUGGUCCGAUGAUGAAAAAUUUGUUGAUUAUUACAACGAUAAAAUUGUUUUAUCAUUACUGAUAAAUAUGUCGGAAGAAGAGUUAGUUGAAUACAUUGUUGAUGGAAUACGUGAUCCACAACUGCGUAUGCUUGCAAAAAUGCAGCAGUUCAAAUCAAAAGAAAAAUUGGUAGCAGCGUUUGGCGAUGUUAAUCAAAAUACUGCUAGGACAGUGUCGACGAAUGAAAGGCGUGUAAAGCAAGGCUUAAGAUGUUUUAACUGCAGUAAUACUGGGCAUGUUGCCGCUGAGUGUCGUCAACCGAAACGUCCAUUCGGAGCUUGCUAUGGAUGCGGUAGUUUGGAACACCGGGUUGCAGUCUGUCCCAGUAAAAAAUUCAACGCCAACGAACAACAAAAUAAUUAUAAUGCCUAAUAGACUCUGGCAGCCCAAUUAGUUUUUUGAAAAAAUGUUGUGUACCGGAAGCGGUAAAGUUAAAUGAAAUUUCGAAUGUAGA